AUGCUUCUCGAAGCCCACCACUGGCAGCGUGCAAUAAGACAAUACAGCACUGACCUGAACUGCCCGGUCGGUCCCGAGGACAUGGAUGCGCUAUUCUCAGCCUGUCUUCUCAUGACUGUCAACUCGUUUGCGCUAGACUCGUACAACCCAGCCCAAUCAUUCGUGUUCUCGCCAACCCCGGCUCGGUCCCUGAACUGGCUCAUGUGGUGGGAAAUGUUCAUGGACUCGAGGAACGAUCUCUUCGAUGAUAACCGAUUCGGACGAGAAGGGCUACGCCCGGACCUCGCGGAUCUCUGCGACAUAACCGAAUCAACAACAACGGAGAAUAACCCGUACCUCUGGCCACUACGGAUGCUAACGCCGUUGUUGGCGCUUGAGCCAUCUUUGACUACGUUCUCGCGAACAACGACAUUCAUGGGCCGUCUUAUGCCGGAUUACUACGAGCGUCUGAUCGCCAAGCAUCCUCCGGCGUUGGUGAUUCUUGCUUAA